AGAGUCAGGCAGGUGUGGUCAUAAUAAGCGUAAGCCCCCAUUCAGCACAAAUGGAUCCUUGGAAAAUAUUUCUUCUUCAUUUUUAAUUGACUAGGACACAAUAUGAGAUGGAAAGGAAUAGGCAUUUAUGCUGACAGAGGGAAGUUGACCCUGAAAAGCUUUCUAGCUAGGGGACAUAUUUAUAAUCUCCUCUGUUUCCACUGUUCAGGCUGUGAGUUCCGUUACUUCUGUAUCCAAAAAUAGCAUCGCACACAAGAGAGAGCGAUCUGCAAGUCUGGAGGAAUCCAAAGGGAGAGACCCCCAAAAAACAGCCCAGUAAAAACUGGGUGUGCUCAGAGGCCAAAGGAUGCUGGCUGGCUAGAGUAGGAUAGCUAUAACACUGAACAGAAUCACUUCACCCUGCAAAAUUUAGCUUGACAUCUCUCUAGAGGCCUCCUUGAAAAUUAUAAAGGAGGUUCCAUUAGCCCUCUGUGCAAAUGGUCCAAUUGUCAAAUGAUAUUUGUUAAGCUGUUUUCCAAUAUGUAAUCUAAAUGAGUGUUGUGAACAUUCCAAUCAUCAGAUCCUGGGGAGUUUGAAGGAAGUGUGGCUGGCCUCUGUCUUGGCCUCAUGGUGACCAUGGCUGCCAUUGCCAUGCUUUGUUCCCUGAUACUUAAAAGAUCAAGAAAGCUAUGUUGGCCAGCUGUACCAAAUCCAAAAUAUAGCGCUGCUCUGCUGAGUAUGGAGAGAACCACACCAGUGGUUCUUCUGCGACCCAGUUUACAGACUCCGUCACAAGCAUAUAAUGAAGCCAAUGAGCUUUAUGUGGUAGAUGAUGAUUCAGAGACACUGUUAAGACAAGGAUCCCUUUCUUCAGGCACAGCUACAAUGGUUUCCACAGACCAUUCUGAAGCAGUUGCAAGGCAAAUACUGGACACUACUCUGAAACCUUUGAAAAUCCCCGACCAAGUCAGCAGCAGCGAGAAGGGAAAGGUUGGAGUUCACACUGAUUAUAUUGGUGUGGCUGUCAGUCAGAGAGCCAUGCAGAAGCUCUCAACACAUCUCCCCAAAGGAGCAACCCAUCUAGAGAGGACGUUGAUCAACAAUUCAAGGAGACAACCAGCAGCACACACUGCUCAAAAUCCUCUAAUGCUAAGUCAGGGGGUGCUUAGUCCAGCAACUUUGUCCUUAGAAAGCAGGUCAAAAUUUGAGCAAAAUCAUCAUGAACCACCUUGUUGAGAUGAACAGCAAUUAAAAGACAGAUUCUGGCAGUACGGCAUGUCAUUUUAGGGGUGAAACUUAACUUUUGCAAGUAUAUUCAGUGAGGGGUCUAAAAAUAUGUUAUUGGCAUGAGGGAUUAAAAUCUGCUAUUGGUUUUGUGAUUGGAUGUUUAGGUAAGUCUACAAAGUUUGUAGUUUUGAUUUUUAUGCAAU